CACAGCCAUCCUAGCCGUCAGUCGCCACGAUUGUUCGUAUCUUCUGCAUGUGUUGUCGACUCAAUUCCUGUCGUACGGCGGAGAUCCACUGUGGUUGGAAGACAUCCAGUACGCACCGGUCAGGAUACAGAAACUGCAGCUGCUAAAUUGUAUCACGGCACACCGCCCAUGGAGUAUUACACGCGAUCAUAUCAAGGACCUGGUGAGGGGUGCCGACAACUGGAGCAUGUCAGAGCUUGCGCAGAUCGGCGUCAUAUUCACGCACUACCACUCGCUGUGUGGCAUAGUGUACGGUCUAGGCCUAACCCCAGAGCUGGACUCUGUGGGGGGCUAUUUCCUGGAAUCCCGGGCCUCCAAUGGGGCUUCCAAUAGUAGCAACAACCAUACCCAGCCGCAUGCGAAUGGUAAUACACACCCACAUGCACAGGGAAGCGUACCAGGACAUGGCCAGUACGUCGACGACCUGUCUGUGAACUCGCAAGACUCGUUAGUCUGGGCCCCGCGAACCGCUGAGCUGCUCAAUGAAGGUGGUCGUGGGAGUGGAGAAGAUGAAGGAGAAGAUAUGGACUGUGUGGAGAGUGAAGAGGCGCAGAAUGAAGGGGAUGCGCGUAGAAUGGACGCGUUCACCAACUCAGAGACCUUGUACGACGAAAUCAAAAGCGAGGAUACGGACCGGCUGAGCAUGGACACGCGUGUGGGGGAUGGAUGGCCCUGUGCACACGAAGACUUUGACCAGAAGCAACACAGCCCACUGAGGAUUCAAGACUAUUCGUGGCAGGAUCAAGCAUUCUCAACACUCAACGGCUUUCUCGGGGGAGUGGCACAGUUGUUUGAUGAUGAGUUUAAAGUGGCCAUUGAAAUGACUGAUAACCAUUUGGGGCUGUCGCAGGUAGACACCACUCGCUUCCGCCGGGCCAUAUGGUUCUACAUCCACCGGACAUGUGGUAUACUGCAUGAUGACUACGAUUACUCGGAGGUCAACAAACUCGUCGAGCGCCCCCUCAAAUCAUUCAUCAAACGCAUCACCUGCUAUCCCAAGACCACCACCAUGAAGGACUUUCUGGGCUGUCGGGCAGGCCUGAGAGAUGCCGAGACAGUACACAUCAGCAUCCUCGCUACCGAGGCCAGGAAACAAGCCGAACUCCUGUUCUUCCUGCGCGCCUUGGCUGAGUAUAUGAACAGCUAGGCCGUGAGCGGCAAACGGUACGCCACACCCCACAGCUGCAUUCAGGCGCACGUGGUGCGCAUGUGCAUGUGCGUGUGUGUGUGCUGGGUGUGUGCUAUAGCGCGGUGAGGUGUGGACUAUCGGAGGGUAUGCCUCCUGGGACACACGCCGCAUGUGUAGUAUGCAUGCGCUGAGUGUCUGCCAUGGAAGCACGGGCGCAGCUAUGAGUGGGUGUGGGAGGUGCAUCGGCCAACUGGAGGGCAAAUAUGACCCUGUGUGGGGAGUUGAGGUGCAGUGUGCGAGUGCACAUCGCCUUGGCAGUGUUUUGAGCUGGAUACAAAUCUCGGACCAGGCUGGAACCGUCCCGGGGACUCGUUGCCAUGGCAAUGGCGAAGCCGCUCUACUCGAUACAUACGCAAUUUAUGGCGGCGGAUAUAGACAACCGAACGGCCGCACAAAAGUAUUCACAAAUAGGACACAACUAUCUGACCAAUACGUGUGAGUGGAUCAAACCAUCUCUCACUGUACUACACUCUCCAGAAAGGACUCCUCUUCUCAGUGCCACGUCUUCGGCGCACGGUGAGGUACCCUUGAACUGAACUGUCCUGUCCUGUCCGAAAGUGAAGGAUAUGGUACUAUGCGAUAUGAUAGUAUGCGAUAUGUGACUAGGUGACAUCCCUGGCGGGUCGCCAGCGUCACUGAGGACUCGCUGUGCCACACCGUCUCGAACUACGGCACGAGUUCUCGAUAGUAUCGAGCACAUACGCAUACAUACAUACAUACAUACAUACAUA